AUGGAUAAUAAUAGAUUACCGCAAGAGACAUUAGAAAGAGUGACAGAAGAGACAGAUAACUUAAUGGCGAAUUAUAACAAGUACGUAGAGCAGCUUAAAGAGUCAUAUACAAAUGCACAGAAAGAAAGGAAGGAGUUUCUUUCUUCUGGAAUUGAGUUUACAAAGCACAUAGAGAGUGAAGAAACAGAAGAAAAGAUACUUACUGUAUACGAGUCAUAUAAGAAGCUUCUGGAUGACAGAACUUCUUUGUCAAAAAAUUUCUUGUCUGAAAUUAAUUCUUUGCUCUCACUGGUUGACCAGCAGCUUCUUCUGCUAGAGUCUUCCUAUGAGCCAAAAUUUGGAAUUCAGACACAGAACCCAAGAAUUUUCAAGACGAACAAAAAUAAUCCGAAAAGACUGAGAAACCCAGAGGAUGCAGAUGGACCGCAAAUGAAUGGAAAAUAUUGCAUAUGCAAUGGACCUGCAUAUGGAGACAUGAUUGCCUGUGAUGCAUUCCACAUAGAAAUUCCUUGGUUUCACAUGGAGUGCAUGGGACUAUUUAGUGCACCCAGGGGUAACUGGCUUUGUCCAAACUGCAGGCCUUCAGAGUAG